AUGUCCGACCUUCACAAGCCAUACUUGGCCGUGACGGCCACUCGAGCGUCCCUCACACUCGCGUCUGCGAGCUUGCCGCAGCAACAGCAGACGCAGCAGACGCACAUGCCCACCCAAACUCCUGUCGAUCCGCGACCACGCGCUUCGGCUCCUGCUCCUCCACGCCAAAGUCCCGAUUCAGCGACGCUUUCCGCCAUCGCCACUCUGCCGGCACCCCCUCGGGCGCUCGCUUCGAUGCCAUCCUCCUCGGCAACGACGCUGGGCUCCAUUCCGUCCUCGUCGUCUGGCAGCAUGUCGAGCACCGGCUCAAGUGCAUACACCUCCUCUCCAUCAAACAGCUCAAGUGCGUGCACCUCCUCUCCAUCAAAUAGUCUUCAAAGUCAGCCUCAGCCAUCCCGAUCGACCCCACAGGUCAAUCCUCGUUCUGCCAGUGGCUCCCUCAAUCGCUUCGCGAACCGACCUGUUUCGCAGAGCAUUCUCCAACAAGAAUCCUCGCCUGGUUUGGAGCGAGGAGACGUUGCCAAUGCGACCUUCUCAGGAUGCGCUUCGCAGCCGUUACACGAAACUGGCCGGUCGCCCAAGCCUCUGUCUGCUUCGCAGCCGCUACAGCGGAUUGUCGCGCCAACCGGUCUGCAGUCGAGUAUGGAAGCUCCUUUCCAUAUCCAGAACAAGUCUGUCUCGCACAGCCAUUCAACUCACGCCUCGACCUUGCAGUCUCCACGAUCAAAUGCCGUACCUGCACUGCCAUCCGCUAGCAAUGGUGUUAAAGGAUCGCCUCAGCAAACACCCAAUGCUAGCGACGUACUACCUACACAGUCACCACGCAUGAUAGCGAGGACGACUUCCUCGCAAGGCUUGCGGACGCCAUCACAAGCAGAAAUAGCUUCGGCUACCUACUCACCUCUACGACCAGCUUCGCCCAAUGGCCACGAAUCUCCAAAGCAGCCCCCGCGGGUGCCUCCAGUGCCCAACGUCAACCCCACAGAUCUGGCAUCGCCCCAAGUUGCAAGGUCACUCUCAUUGCAGAGCCCUCGAGGUAUCCAGGUCGUCGCUUUGACGAAAACGAUAGCGGAGCCGGAACAGCCGCUGGCACAACCUGCAACGAACUCGCAUGUGCUCCAGACUCGAAUGCCGGUUGGCCCCCCAGACAUCUUUGAUCCGUCUUCGCAAGUUGCAGCGCAGCCUGUCAUUCCGCUCGAUGGCAGUUCGAGCCUCGAUGCUUCCGAGCAGACUACUACAAAUCCAGUUCAGGAGAAUGCUGCUCCAUCGAGCGAUUCGAAGAAAAGUCUCGCCAGAACGAGCCCCCCCGCCGCAAGCUCUCCGAACAAUGCUGUUGAUCCGAAGUUGCUGCUGGGCCUUCGUGGGAGCUUCCUGACCUCGUCCGAGCCAGUUGACUACGAGUCACUGGUCAGCGACACUGAAAAUUUCAAGCCGAUCUCGUUUAUUAGCUGCCUCGAAAUCUCCGUUGAGGAGCUCGAAGAGCACAUAAUUUCGAUAGUCGAACAGCAAGGCGAGCCUUUAGUCAUUUCGGACCUGGACAAAUGCCCCGCAUGGACCUCGGACCUGUUCAGUCCACAAAAGUAUGAGUCUCUCCAACCCGGUGUGGAAGCAGACGGCCAUACAGUGCUUCUCCGGAAUCUGACCGACUGGACUGACCAAGCUCUCCCUUUGCAUGCCUUCAUGGCACGCUGUGUUAGCCAAAGGACUUACCCUCCGGAGCAACUGGAGAAGCUCUACGGGAAGGAUCUGCCCUGUCCUCAAGAGUGGAGUCAGGCUCUGGUCAAGCUGGUGCAUCCACGCCUCGGAUAUCAUGGCGAACAGGACGCAUCUGCAUCGCUCCGCGACAGAGCGCGGUCCGUCACCCAGAUGUGCUACUAUGGCCCAGGCCAAACCUGCACGCCUCUGCACCGAGACCUGUGCUCGAGUCUAGGGCAGAACCUCAUGGUCUGGAGCGAUCCCGAAGCUUCAGCGAUGUGGAUGAUCACCCAUCCCGAGGAUGCCGACGCCGUAGAUCGAUACAUUGAAACCAAAGGCGGCGAUCCUUAUUCUGAAGGAUAUGCUCCGCAUCCCAACGAGCUCCGCGAUGCGCCCUUCCCGGUCUCUUGUUGGAAACAGCGGGUUGGCGACCUCGUACUAAUCCCGGCGCGUGCAUCGCACAUGGUUAUCAACCUGGGUGGCCGCACCCUCAAAGCGGCCUGGUCCCGUUUGACCAUCGACACGCUCGGGAGCGCUCUGCUCAACGACCUCCCUCUGUAUCAGCGCAUGUGCCGCGUAGAGACCUACCACAUCAAGCCGGUGAUCGAAGAAAUGCUCCUCGCGUACACCGGGCAAGUCGAGGCUGAUUUCGCCAAGAGCCACGAGAUCUCAACGGUUUCGAUUCGCGAUCUUCGUGCUCUCCUCAAGAUGUACGACGCUAUCCUGUCCGACGUGUUUGUUCCCGAUUGGCGCGAGAUAAAGUUGGAAGGAGGCUACGACAGCUACGUCGAAUGCGAUUUCUGUGGAGCUGACGUCUGGCAUGGUUAUUUUGAGUGUCAAGAAGGCGAAACGUUGUGCGCCUUGUGCUAUUGUCAAGGAAGACUCUGUGGUUGUUCCAACGCACUGGAAGCGCUGCAGCCGCGUCAGCAUUGGCGCAGCUUUGGCGAACGUCUGCAGUUCCGGAACAAGGCAGCACAGGUCCUGCUGUCGGCGGACCCGUCGCUCGCCUUGCCCAUCAACGAAAGAGCCAACGCCUCUGACGACGAAGCGGAAGAUGAACCUCCCUUGCUGCCGGUGCAGGUGUUAGAAGAGGACGACGUGGGCAAAGGCUCCUGGCCGUUCAGUUUCAUGGCCGCCAUGAACCUGUACAAGCUCCGGCAGACUGCAGGUUGGCAGGGAAACCUGGCGCCGUGCAAAAUUUGCAAUGCGAAUGUGGAUCUGUCGCAACGGUACCAUUGCAAGCCGUGCAAUCAAUCGUUCUGCCAUGGAUGCCUCCUCCACAAGCUUUACAUCCAUCCAGCGCACACUCUGGCCCAGAACGAGCCAAAGCCAUUUCACGGCUACCACAAAAAGCUCAGCACGCUCGACUACAAGGAGUGGAAACAGGACCCACUCGAAUUUUGCGAAGAGGCGCGCGCCCACUUUGCGCUCAUUGAGGCGGCGAGAACCAAGAUGAAAUGUAGGCCGAUCAACGAAUCAUGUCGCAUCGGUUUUCUCGACAUAACGGACAAGCAUCCGCAUGGCCUCACAGGCACGCUCGGUGUCAGACGACCCCCCAAAACAAAGGUGCACAAGGCCAGGACAACUACAGAGCCAGCUUCGUCGUCUCCGCCGUCAACGCCAAGCUCGCGUAAGCGCCCAAAGGAUACGGUAGAGCCCGCGUCGGCUGCAUCUCCAAGAUCGCGAGCGAACAAGAAGGCCAAGCUGGAUUCUCCUACGUCAAAGCCCAUGGAUCAGGAUGACAUCGUUAUACAAGUGCCACGAACUCCAGAGGCGAUCGAAUCUCCUGCGAGCAGGCCAGUGCCAGUGCCUGUGCCGUUGCCACGGCCCGCACUUCCAGGCAAUCUUGCGGUUGACACAGGUGAGUCACAGGGAACUGAACAGGCGACGUCUUCGAUACCCACGGUGGCCAGCGGUAUCAGGAAGUUCGUGCUGCGUGAGGGCAAGGUACGCCCUGUGCCGCCGGUCCUAAUUGCUCCUGCCGCCUCCGAGGCAACACCCAGCAAACCAGCUAUGGCCAAUUCGUCUUCAACCAGUGUGCCUAUUCAUCCGACCACACCGAAAGCUGUUCGGGCUACCCCACCGGUACUGGCUCGCUCAGCGAGCAAUGCCAGCUCUCCCAACCCUUCCAUCGUCGCCACGAACCCUCGACCAAACACGAGCGAUUCCCCUCCCGUCUUGCCCAAUCCAAAUGGCGGCUUCACGCCUGAAUCUGGGUCAGAACCUGUUGCUCAACGCGUCUUGCUGACAGCGGCCGUCCCUGUCGCAUCGCCUGCGGGCGUCCACGCUGUCCCGCCUGCGUCGUCUACACCUCGGAAUGUCAGUCCGCCCUCCGCAGCGGCAGCUCCGGUAGAAGAACAAGGCACUUUAGCCCUGGCGACAAGCGUGGUGGCUGCAGGAAUCUCUUCCAGUCCGAAAGCACCGGCAGCAGGGUCGUCACCUGAUACCUCGGCGGCGGGCCUUGGAGCGCUCGACAGCAUGAAUCUGCGGGUGAUCACCGAGAUUCUGCGCAUCUUUAGCCAGUCGAACCAAAGAAUGAUCCAGUCCCAGGUGGAAGAGAUUAACACAGCGCUGGCGAAGCAGGCUGAAGAGCACAAGAGGCAGCAGGCGAAGCAGGACGACUACCACCGCAAAGCUUUGGCCAAGAUGGAGGCUACACUGCUCAAGAGGUUCGACGAACAAAGCGCGCAGAUGAUGUCGGAGAGGGGCAAGCACAAGGAGGAGAUCAAGGAACUGCGACAGAAGCUGGAUGAGGUUGUUCAACAGCAGAACGAGAUCGUCCAACGACAGUCUAGUGACGGAGUCAUGGUGGGCAAACUCUACGAGAAGAUCUCGGGGCUGCUUCACGAUAUCGACCAACAAGCGCAGGCUCAGUUGCAGGCAGAGUUGGCGACGCGAACUUCACAAUCUUCAGGAAGCGAUCAGGCGAUGCCGAGCGCGCACUUUGCUCCAACGAGCCAUACUCGUUGA